AUGCACAACCCUAGUAAGCAGAGAUCAGUUCUUCGAACAAACAAGCGCGGUGAGAGGGAAUCAGUGAAUUGUCCCGAGUCUAUCGUUGACUACAACACCUUCAUGGGUGGAGUUGACAAAUUCGUUCAGCUUAUGUCGUCUUACUCGAUUGCCCAGAAAUCUCGUCGGUGGUGGUUGAAACUAUUUGAUUAUUUCAUCGAUACGGCGAUAGUAAAUAGUUACGUCAUGUACAAGGACUCUGCCAAAAAACAGCGUCGCCGUUAUUUGUCUCACCUCGAGUUUCGCUCUCAAUUGAUCAACGAAAUGAUCGGUAAUUUCUGCAGCAGAAAACGCAAGGGCUAUAGACCCGGAGCGGGAGUAGGCAGAGAAACAUCAACCAGAUGGUUACCCAAAAUGCAAUUCGUUUCUUAA